GCCAGAAAUCAAAUUUUGUAUCAAAGGAAUCGCAGAGAGACUUGAAAAUCGUGUUACAUCAACGGCGUCUCAAGAGAUCACAGACCUAUUAUUCAUGGGGGUCCAAAAAUCAAGGAAAGAAAAGUUUAAACUGCCUGUCGAAGUUGGUGUUGCUGUUAAUCAUCUAUUGAAUUCUGUUAUUGAACCUUUGUUAGAAAAAGAGUUUCUGAGGAGGUUCCACUUCUAGUUGCUGGUAUAAUAAUGAUCUAUAAUUCAAAAUUGAAGGAUUGGAUAAGUUCACAAAAACUUCUGAGGGGAGAAUUGUCCGUAGAGGAAUUUGAAGAAAUAAUUAACGAAGAGGAGUUCUAUUCCGACGAGGAAUCCUCAUCGGCGCUAUCAAGUGACAAUACUAUUGAGCUGAUGAGAAUAAAGCAGCUGAAUUCUAAAGAAAGAUUUUACGAUUCACUGGAUUAUCUGCAGCAACGAGUGAUGAAAUUGCUGAAAAAGAAUAUCAGACAUUUUUUCGAAACUGUUUUUACAGGAGUUGGAUCAAACGAGUUACAACAGCUAUCGGACAAUGACAUGAGAAUAAUAAACUUGAUCGAGUACAUAACUGUGACUCUUCUCAAUUUUGCCGAGACACGAGCGGAAAUAGAUGCUGAUGUGUGCGUGACGGAGAUAGCUGAAUUCAUUGAGAGACAAAUAUUACACACUGUGGAAAAAUAAGACUUUGAAGACAACCAUAUUGCAGGUUCCAAGAGCAACACAUAUUUGUAAAAUUUAAUAAAGCUUUGUUUUGUUUUGUGA